AUGACCAUCUCCAGCGCCCUCGCCAACCCGCUCAACACGGCCCUCGUCAUCCCAAUCCUCUACCUCCUGUAUCGCGUCCUCUUCCCUUCUUUCCCGGAGAAGACCAAGCCAGCAACGUCCUACGAGGAGGGCCUGUACAACUGGGCUCCCCCUGCACACCCCAAGACCCGCGUGUACAAAAAGUACACCGUCCACGAGCUCGAGCCCUUCCACGGCAGGACCGAGGGCAGCACCAUCUUGCUUGCUAUUGCGCGUAUCGGAGGCGACGGCAACAUCGAGGAGCGGACCGUCUUUGACGUGACGAACGGCCGCAACUUUUACGGACCAGAGGGCAUGUACGGCAACUUUGCAGGCCGCGACGCGUCGCGCGGUAUGGCCAAGCAGAGCUUUGACGAGGAGAUGCUCACUGCCCUCGACCAGCCGCUCGACACGCUCAAGGACCUGACAAAGGCGGAGAUCGAGAACAUGCACGGCUGGCACCAGCAUUUCUCGGCCAAGUACCCGAUCGUUGGCGGACUGGUGGAGUAG